AUGCUGUGCCUCUACGCUAGGGUUUGCGGCAGCGCAGCGAAGAUCCGGGGCGCUCUCCACAUCGGUACGUCUUUCAAGCUGCAGGGAUCCCGAGCUCCAUUCUCCGCGGCGAUCGCCUGAUCCGGACGGAGCGGCGCGAGAGAUCGGAGGGGAGCGACAAGAUGGACAAGGUCGCGGGAUGGGUUGGAGGAAGCCUGGCGUCGGCAUUCUUCGCGUCGCUGGAGCGAUCGUCGUGCGUGACCUUGUCGACCACGGACACGGACGACGAGGAGGACGUGCCGCUCGAGGUCCGGGUGGAUACCGGGCACCAGAGCAGCGCGUCCUGCGCGGAUCAUCAGGGCUACAAGCUGGGGCUCGUCGGCCACGACAAGUUCGUGAGGAGCAAUCCCAUGUCCGAUCGCUUCGGUGUUCUUGGCUUCCACCACGUCGAGUUUUGGUGUGGCGAUGCCUCCAACACCUGGCGGCGAUUCGCGUGGGGGCUGGGGAUGCAUCUGGUGGCCAAGUCGGAUCACAGCACAGGGAAUCACACGUACUGCAGCUACGUGAUCAGCUCCCGUGAGCUCGUCUUCGCCUUCACUGCUCCAUACUCGUCCAAGAAGGCCGACCAGGAGCUCAGCCAGAUGCCACACCCGGGCUUCUCAUCGAGCGACGCGCGGCGGUUCUUCUCCAUGCACGGGCUGGCGGUGCGAGCGGUGGGGCUGCUGGUGGAGGACGCGGAGGAGGCUUUCCGGAAGAGUGUUCUUGGCGGAGCUCUGGCGGUGUUUCAGCCCCAGGAGCUCACGGACGAGGCCACCGGCACGAAGGCUGUGAUAGCAGAGGUGAAGCUGCUCGGGGACGUGGUGUUGAGAUACAUAAGCUUGAAGGGAUUCUCGGGAGCUUUCUUGCCGAAUUACACGCCGGUGGAGAGCCUCCCGCUCACUUCCGGGUUUGUGAGGCUCAGCUACGUUGCGGCGAAUGUUUACAACCUUCUCGACACCGUCAACCACAUUGUCAAGUUUACGGGAUUCCACGAGGUGGCCGAGUAUACGACGGACGACGUUGGGACCAAAGACAGCGGCUUGAACACCAUGGCUCUUGCGAGCAACAACGAGACGGUUGUUUUUUCGCUGAGUGAGCCGACUUACGGGACCAAGCGCAAGUCGCCCAUUCAGACUUACCUGGAGCAGAAUGAAGGCUCAGGGAUCCAGCGCUUGGCUCUUCAGUGCGACGACAUUUUUGGGACUGUGAAUGAUAUCCGUGAUAGGAUCGAUGCUGGUGGCUUUGAGUUCUUGCCAGCUCCUGGUCCCGAGUAUUAUGAUUCCAUGCGCGGAAAAGUUGGCAGCGUUUUGACUGAAGAGCAGAUACUUAAAUGCCAAGAGCUCGGUAUUUGGAUCGACAAGGACGAGCACGGCAUUCUCUUACAAAUAUUUACCAAGCCCGUAGGAGACAGGCCCACCCUGUUUCUAGAGAUCAUCCAGCGUUUGACUUCGAUCGAAAGCCAGAGUUUUCAGGCGGACAAGUUCGAUGUUGUUGGGAAGGAUAACUUUUCGGCACUGUACCGAUGCUUGGAAGAGUAUGAGAAGACUCUGGAUGCAACACGGCAGAUGUAGCAAUGUAAGUUACUGGUUCGUCGACAAGCAGCAAUGAGCUACUCAAGUAAACGCUGUGCAUCCCCUUGGACGUUGGGUAGGGUCGUUUGGUUGGGAGGAGUAUUUCAAACUUAAAUGCGGGGGUGGCUGCAAAUAUGUGUUACGAAAUUGAAUCAGAUGGUAAUGUGGGAUGUGGGAAGAACAAUCAGAAAAAAAGAAAAGAAAAGAAGGAAAGUCCUCUACGGAACUACGCAAGAAGAGAACUCAAGGACUGUGCGGGGGAAACUCGUCUCGUACAUUUAGCCAUUUUUCUUCUUCAUUCAUCGGCGAUGACUUGAAACGUUGGAGAACGAGUAUCAACACGAUAGUAGCUACUGCGCGACAAAAAAAUUCACGAAUAAUUUGGAACUUGAGCAGCGGCAGGCUGGGACGUAAAACCAAUCGGUUUUCGUUCAUGCUUUGAUCUUCUUGGGAGCUGCUUGGUUGUCCAAGACGACGUAGCUUCCACACCUGGGACACUGUGGAUUCUUUGGGGACAGCAUGACGUACAUGAGGCAGCUCUUGCAUCCGGUCACUAUAAUUCCAGACGAGGAGCAGUCGUCGCAAGAAGAGGUCCGUUUGUGGUCCAAGUUGGUCCCCUCGGCGGCCAGUUUUGAUGAAGAAGAAACAGCUGCUAGAUUGCGUGGAGAAGCCGGCUUGCAUCCUAAAUUCAGUUCCAGGUCCAGGUGCUCUUCCAAGGUGGAAGUCGGGCUGUUGUUUUUCGCGUGGUGAGCUUUGACGGAGGUGGCUCGGCUGCUGUUGCUCUGGAGGAGAUCGAGGCAGAGAGACGAGCUCCGAUUCAACGAGCCAGACUGUAGGAGCCGGGGAUCGUCAAUGGUGCUCAAACCGGUGCUACAGUUGACGAAAGUUAUGGAGCCAGACUGCGGCAAGAGAAGAACUUUCAGCCAAGAGAAAGGAAGAGGAAUGGACAGCAAUGAGUUCUUGGUACCUUCAAGUCGAGGCGCUUCUCCCAUCCGGUUGGAAGCGGUGGCUCUUUUUCGUGAUCCAGAUGGACAGUCUCCGAGGAUUGGCACGGACGGAUUGCUGGCGGAAGCGGUCCCGAGCUGUCGACCGGCUUUCCCAUCAUCAGGCUGAGGAUCUUCUGGGGGUCCUCGCUCCAGGCGUGUGGCUCCUUGGCACUUGUCGUCUUGAUCGAGCUUGUGCACAAUUCAGCAGCCUGCCAGCCCAGCUCCAUUGUUGCAACUGUCAUCCGGAAGUGGAAGAAUACGAGGCGAAGAGGUGGAAGGAAAGAUGGGAUAGGACGAAGAAGAAGAAGAAGAAGAAGAAGAAGAGCAGCAGCAGCAGCUAUAGAUGGCUAGAUAGAUUGGAGGAAACGGGGGAGAAGGGAAGGAGCACAGGGAAAGGAAGACUAGUAUAGAACGAGAACGUGAGGGACGUGCUUUGAAUAGCAGCGGAGAAGCGUAAAGGAUGCCAAGACUCUCCCCAUGAGCUGCAUACAAUGAUAAGUAGGCGGGCGAGCUCUUUGUCCGGCCAGCCAGCCAGUAUUUCUCUUCAGAAAGGUGGGGUCUGCAGCCCGUGCUUUGCAUUAAAUGCAGGUAUCUUUAAGCAGCACUUCUCAGCAAGGAAGACGAGGAGGGGGGCCUCUCAAGUGGUGAAGUAGCUUGCAUCAAGCCAAAUCCACCUGACGCUCAGCGGCAGCAACAGCAUGAACGAGGUGCAUUAUGGAGAGGGUGUGUGGUCCAACAAAGGAAAGCAGCAAUGACGGAAAGAAAAGUGAGCGACUUUAUCAGGCGUGCAUCAAGCGUAAGUAGUAGCCAAUGCUGGUCGCCACCACAUUUUCUUUGGUCAGCAGAAGGCGAUCACAGCAACAAGCAGGAGAGAAUUCGUAACGCAAAGCAGCUUUCGUUCCUCCUAAUCGGUAUGUUAAAAGCGGAGAGGGUGCUCCUGGCCUGGCUGCUUUAAGCUCGUUGAGCCAGGCAUCAAGUUGGGGGACGGGUACUUUGACAUUACCUGGCAUUUUUCCCGUCUAUCGUUUUCCCGCUUGUGCUUGCUGGUUGGAAGCCUGGACACCACCAGCGGACUCGCACUAUUUGGCCAGUGCAUAUCACUGGAAACGUUUGUUUGGAAGCAUCCGCUUUUGUCAAGCUUCACGCUUAGACAUUUGUUUACCCGCCUGCCAGAAGAGCAACAAGACUUUCGGGUGUCCUCCGAGGACAUACAGGCUUGGACUUUCGGAGGUUAUUUUAUUCUGUUGAGAUCAUUAUCACUGGCAUUAUCUCGUUGGAGUUGACCGGACUUUGGGCGGUGGUGAAUUACACCGUCCAGCUCUUAAGGCACAUCCCAGAAUCUAUAAUGGCUGCUGCAGUCUAUUUCCUUCAGAGCACACAUGCUGAAAAAAAGUACCUAGUGUCGCUCUCGGGAUGCAUACACCAUGCAGCAGCAGUUCAUUACUAUCUACUAGCGACGAUGUACAAUGCUUCAAUGGUUCAAUUGAAAGCUUGGUAGGCCUUCAAUGGUUCUGUCUGGCGUUCGUUCCUCUCUCCUCAAUGCAGGUGUAAAUUUCUUCAGAGCGGCCAUGAAAGUUUUCAGGCCAUGGAGAGCUUUCAGCCAUCGUCACAAAUGCGAGAUGAACGCUAUGAUCGAGCAAUGGUUGGUAGGACAUUUCUCAUGGAAGUUGCAGUGGUAAAGUACGCUGAUACUGUGGAUGCCUUGAGCUGCAAAGUGCCCCUUGUGUCGGCGUGAAAUCAACAUCCCACAGGGAGAUGCAUUCAAGGAAGGUGUUGGCACAGCAGUUAUUGAAAACGUUGAGCAAUUCUGUCUGGUGUCUCUAUUUGGGAUCUUAUCCUGUGUCUCUUCUCGCCAGAAGAUAUAUCUCAUGAACGGUGUGAUGCUUCAAUCAGUGUUGCUGGCUGUUGGCAUUCCAGCCAGUGAACGCAUCCUAGCUGUGUACUGCACUGGUGCGUGGCUGCUACUUGGAAAUCUAGGAUCAUGGAUUUCUGUCCA